UGGGUAAAACACUCCACAGCCUGGCUCUCUGCAGCAGUCAGUCUCGCGAGCCUAUAAAGCUGCCGCUCUCCUGGCUGUGGUCGCGCUCGUGCGGACGGGACGGAGCCCGCGUGCUGCUGAUGGGGCAGUGGAGCAGUGUGUUUCUGGGCUCGUGCUAAAGUUUUGUUUGGUCUUUGAGGAAGUUUGGAAGGUGUUUUUUGGGAGCACUCAGCGCGCGCCGCUCCUCUGUUCCUGCCCCUCGCUCGUGAAAGUUCGUCUCUUCCUAAAUGGACUUAAGUUAGUGUUCCGCGAGCGCGUGACCGUGACUGAAGCAGCUCGUGCGUAGAUCGAGGGCUCUGCGUCGAGAGAGAGAGAGAGAGAGAGCACGAGCGGGUGAGAUGGGACCCCGGCACCGGUGGAGUGUUCGCGCGUCGCUGCUGCUGCUGUUGAUUGGUGUCGCGCGCGCCACAUGGAGCUCCGGACAGUACCGGUACAGCGGCGCGAGCAACACCGAGCACAGGAGGAACUGGUGUCCUCAGUCUGUCACUAAGACAGUAACGUGUCAGGUGCAGAAUGGAACCACUCUUCAGAGACUCUAUCAGAUGUGCAGGUGGCCGCAGGGCUGCACCGGUGGCAGUUACCGUACGGUGGUCCGGCCCUCCUAUAAGGUAGUGUACCGCACCGUUACUGCGCUGGAGUGGAAGUGUUGCCCCGGUUACACCGGCACGCACUGCGAGGAAGGCUCUGCGAGCGGUAACCUGCUCGCUCAGGAGGCGGUGAGGAAACAGCCCACUUUCCGUAAGCCAGUGGUGGUCAAGACCCCAGAACAUCUCUCCAGCUGCCUGAAUUGCAGUCGUAUCACAGCUCUCACCGAUCGGCUCAGCUCUCUGGAGGCAAAGGUCCAGCUCCUCUCUUCUCCAGCCUCGCAAAGACUGUCCCAGUCUAAAGGUGGAGAAGAACCUGAUUCCUCCUCCCUCAUGGGGGCUCCACCUGCUCGAGGAGCUCCUGGAGCACAGGGCCCUGCAGGUCCACAGGGUGAGAGAGGCAUGGACGGCAUACCCGGCAAAGACGGUAAACCUGGGUCUCGGGGUCUGCCUGGGCCAAAGGGGGAUGCAGGCUUGAGAGGACCCUCAGGUGCCCCAGGGUCUAGAGGAACACCUGGACCAGCAGGCCCUCGGGGACCACCGGGCCUCCCAGGAGAGAGGGGCCUGCCAGGGCCUCCAGGACCCCCUGGACCCCCCGGACCACCAGGGCCUCCAGCACCUGUUUCUGAAGACAAAGAGAAGAAGGACCUGCUCCUCUCAAACAGUUUCCCAGACCCCCGAGCUGUCCCUGCACAAGGGCCCCAGGGACCCCCAGGACCCACAGGCCCCCCAGGACCCAGAGGCCCUGCAGGACCCCCAGGACCCAUCGGACAAAGUGGGAAGCCCGGGACUCCUGGUUUGCAAGGCCCUGUGGGGCCAAAGGGCGAGCGAGGAGAGAGAGGCCCUCUGGGAUAUCCAGGAGAGAGAGGAUUCAAAGGGGAGCCGGGUGAACCGGGACCGAAGGGCGAGCCCGGAGAGAAAGGCCUUCCGGACGUUAGUUUGAAGAUGUUCCGAGACUUGCAGGCUGACCUGGAGCUGCUGGCUCGCAGGGUGCAGCUGCUGGAGGCAAUCAUCUGGCCAGAGCCUGACCUGGGAUCUGGAGACGGCCCGUUUGGCACCGCACCGACAGAGUUUUACCGGAACAAGCGGGCCGGGGCCCUGCCUUCCCGGGUCAAGCCUCCAUCCCUCCCUGCUGAGGCUAACAUCCGGGGGAAGUAGCUCCUGAAGUUCUAAAAAGAAAGGGGUGAAACCCUCGUUCCAGCUUGGACUGGCAACGCCGCUCACGAGUCCCUUUAACAUGCGCCCUAUAGCUCCGCUCAUAUCACCUGUAACGCUUACUCUGGAACCUACCGCUGAAUCAAGAACGAGGGAGAAACCUCAGGGAAGAUCAACCGGUGCUGCAGACGUUCAACCACCUCUACUGGGAAUCAGUUCAACAGGCCCCGCACGUAAACAUCUGCCGUCAUGUGUUAAAAGCGGCCUAACGUUCGCUUUACUAACCAUAACCAAAAGAAUAUAAUCAUCGAGAAAACUGUUGAACUGAUAUCGAACGGAAAAAAAA